AUGGAAGAGAAUGAAUCAAAAUCAUUCUCGCUUGAUACUUCAGACCAAGAUGAACACGAGAAUUCAAAUGUUGAAGAUGAAGAAGAAGAAGAAGAGGACGAGGAAGAACCAUUGUUCAAGUAUCGAAGGUUAGAGGGUGAAGUGGAUAAGGUCUUUGGAAAGGACAGUGGAUGUGCCAUCGUAGCAUCAGAGAAGUUAUUGGCUAUCGGCACCCAUAAUGGGGUAGUUUACGUUUUCAAUCAUAAAACUGAAAUCAUUAAAAGGUUUAGACCACACUCAGCAACAAUUCAUGACAUCAAAUUAGAAGCCAGUGAUCAAUUUGUAGCCACAGCAUCAAUGGAUGGCAAAAUUUCAAUCGUACAACUUUCAGGUGGAAAUGAUGUUUUCAUUCUAGAUUUAAAAAGACCAAUGAGAUCUAUUUCUUUAGAACCACUGUAUCAUAAACAUCCAAACAAACGUCAUUUUAUUUCAGCUGGUCUUGCUGGAAAUUUGAUUUUACAUGAGAAAGGUUGGUUAGGCAAUAAAGAAACUAUUUUACAUUCUGGUGAAGGUCCGAUUUGGUCUACUGAUUGGAAAUCUAAUCUGGUGGUUUGGGCCAAUGAUGCUGGUAUUAGGAUCAUGGACAUCAACCCUCAUCAUAAACUAGCCUUCAUCCACGCGCUCAUCUGA